AUGUGCAGCUCGGACAUCUUCCUCGGUCUUCUGGCCAUUAUAUUCCCUCCACUACCCGUGUGGAUCAAAUGCGGCGUGUGUUCCGCCGAUGGCUUCAUCAACAUCCUUCUUUGCAUGCUUGCAUACAUUCCUGGUCUUCUUCACGCUUGGUACAUCAUCGCCAAGGUGCCUGACGACUACCAGUAUCAGCGCGUGUCUGAUCCCGAACGCGGCCAACACCAUGUGAUCAUCAUCCAACCUGACGGCCGGCAGCAACAUCAACAGCAAGUACACAAGGCCCAGCACCAACCGAGACUACAGCACCAGAAUGGCAUGGACUACGGCACGUCGAGCCAGGGCGGCAAUGCUUCAUCGUCAACUGCAGCACAGGCUGGAAGCAGUAACGGCAACGAGCACGAGCCUGCUCCCCCGACUUAUGCCGAGGCCCUUAAGGGUGAUCACAAGGUGCAGAGCCACGACUAG